AUGUUCAUCAUCCAGUCAAACCAGCCCAAUUACUGUGGCCACACAUUCGCUUCGAGUUCCUGUCACACCGAAUACGAUGGCAAGGUGGAAGCCGCGCUUCAGACCAAAACUGCCCUAGGAGGCUUGUCAAGAGGACUCCGUCGCACCGGUAGCAAUCUAUCCGAACUUUCUUUGAGUGCCAUUUGCGACUCAGACGCCACUCAGGUCGAGCUGAACUUCGAUGUAAAAUGCAGCCAGCACCUUUUUGUUCGUGCGGAAACACCAUGCGGUGAGCUCGGCAUGUUGGAGUUCACAGGCAACGAUGUCGAGCAAGUGUUUCGCCCAAUGCAACACGGUUGUGGAAAUGGUGUUUGGAAAAUCGAAGUAAUCGAUGAGAGUGAAACCGUGCUCUCUACGCUCUCAAUGCCCAUCAACGGUGUCGGCAUACUAUACUUUGAGAUUGGCGACGAUAUGUGUCCAUCACUAGUCGGCAAGGAAUUCCUCUACAAGAGCGGUGCUUGCCGUAAACACCGUGUUUGA